GGUUUGUGUUAUUAUAAGAGUAAUGGAAUCAGUGCGAAAAGCCAAGCAGAGACUACGCAACUAUCCCGUGCUACUGGGCAAAUGCGCUGAUAAAGCAGCAAUUUACGCGGCAUGUGUAACACGAGAUUUAAAUGUGCAGCAUCAUAUUUGCGAUAAGGAAUUCAAACAGUUCAGUGAAUGCGUUCAGAAGGCCGCAAAAGAAAUGAAAACUAAAUUGUAAAAGCUAUGUGUUGCUCGAUUUGAUUGUUAUAAAUGGAAAAUUUUCAAACCGA